AACGAAUCGGGUAAUAAAAAAUAUUUUAUUUAUUCCCAGAAUGAAAAACAGUAAGAUCAUAAAACUGUUAUUGGCGAUGUACACAGUGUGUGCAAGACUUGAGUUGAGUGAUAUAGAGACAAUAGGAGAUUCAGUAGUUAUUGAAGAAGAUAACUUGUUAAUCCAUCCAGACGGACCAUUAAAUCCGCUCAGAGGAUAUAUCAUGCACAAGAGCGGAUGUAUGUACAACAAACGAUUAUAUGCGCCAGAAAUAGACACAAUGUAUAAAUUGGAACAAAAAGAUGAAAAUUACGAAACAAUUUAUGCUUAUACAAGAGAGCCAGUAAAUGACCUGGCAUAUGAUGAUAUUUGUGAGGACACAAAAAAGAAUGAAUAUCUCACACAGUCCCAUGCACUGCUAGUCAAAAUGUUUCCUUCGACCGACGGGUCAUUUUCUAUUGUAUCAGGAAGACAGGAUUCAAUUUAUUCAUUUCUUAUAAAAGAUAGAGUAAAGCCAGAGUGCAUGCACAUUAUGGCAGUCCUUUUCCUUCUGUCUGAGCAGGUGGAUGUUCCUUUUACUAUAGAAACAAAGAAAAAAGAGAAAAAACUUGUUCUGAAAAGUGCAGAUGGAACAACUACAUACAUUAACCAGCCAAGAACAAACGAAAAUUUACUGAGUCUUAUUGAAUUCCUUAAAAAGUAUAUAGACAACGAAGGGGUGAAUCCAAGUACAAUGGAAGGACUGCCCACUGAGCCAACCAACUAUGAGCAGUUCAUGACAGGAGAAUUUUUGAACACAUCCGAGUUCCUUAUUCAGUCGUAUAUAUACGAGUUUAUUGACACAAAAGAAAAGUAUAUUGAGUUUGUAGAGGCUGUAUAUACUCUUUUGAAUGACCAGAUAAAAAAUGAAAAGUCAUACGAAAGAGUGCUUAACAAGUGCUUUGUAAAAGAAGGUGCACAAUCAAACGAAAUCGACCAUACUAAGAUUAUUUGCGAUCUUAAGGAUACAAUAGACAAGUAUAAAAUAUUUCCAUUCAUGGAUUCAUCACAGCUUCCGUCCUAUACUCGGGUUAAAGCAUAUGAUCGGGAAAAGGGCGAGUUCAUAAACAAUGAAAGCAGAAAGUACUCCAACUGUGUAGAAGCAGGUAUACUAGGACUAGUCUGCUGUUUAGUAUAUGAUCCAAAUAAAAAGAAGUACAAUACAGACCAUCUGCCCGACAAUAAAGAAACUAAGCCACUGAAAGACUUCUUUAAAAAGUACACUGAGCCAAGAGAAGCCACUGACUAUGAAAUGCACGAGGAUUGGUGUAGAGUGAUAGCAGACUUGAAGAAUGACAAGAUUCUUUACUUAAAGGAGAAGACGAAUGAGCUGGACAGCAGUUUGUUGAAUAUUCUCUAUGUUUUAUCGAAUAUAACUGGAAGCAAAGAAGAAGUAGUUAAAGAAAUUGAGCACAUAGAAGAACUUCUUGCUGAUAAGAAUAUUAAUGAUAAGCUUGAUAUAGAAGAAAGCUUGACUACAAUAUUCAAGGAGCUAUCAAAUAACAAGAACCUUGAAGUAGAGUGUGACAAAUUUAUAGUAGGUACACGAGAAGAUAAAAAGAUGGACUUAUUUGGUAAGUUUAAGCUAGUAUAUACUUUCAAUAAGAAAAAAAAUGGAAUAUUAGUAGGAAUAGAUUCUGGGCAUUCCUCAUUAAGCUUAUUGGAAGACCUAUUGUCUAGUGAAGACAAAAAUAUUAUUAAAGAAAAGCUGACUGAAAUACAGAAUACUUAUAGUAAUAUAGAGAGUUACACUGCAUACACAAUUAGACAGUACAUAAACAUAGAACUUGCUAAGAUGGAGAAAAGGUCUGCAUUAGGCCGAAUUCAAGAAAGUAUUAGAAAUAACCAUGAUAAUAUAAAUGAUAUUUUCCUUCACGGGAUGAUUCGAUCAGUUGAACAAAAAGCAAGC